GGGAAACGCAACUCCACAGCUGUUUGCUAAGUUCUUAAUUAUAUUUUUGUUGCUUGUUUUCCUCUUUUGUUUUCCUUUGAUUAACUAUUAUUAUGUUUAUUUGGCAAUACUUCACACUCAUGUGCCUGUGGUUCGCCUCCAACGAGGCGAAAUCCAUCAAGAAAUCGCAUGUUAACCUCUUGGAGCCCACUUUUGAUCUGGAUGAGAAGCUGGGGAGGAUGGGGAAGCCCCCGCCAGACAUUUCCAAUGGUGUGCAACGUGUGCAGGUGCCCUUGGGGGCUGCUCCCGGAGAAGAUGACUGGCAGGGCAAGUGGUUUCCGCAUGUUCCAGGGGAAAAGCAGGCUACGGCGGAAUCUAAUGAAAAGAGCACCACAGAGGGAGUUCCUCCGGUAGAGUCCACAACCAAGGAUAAUUGGCAGGGCAAGUGGUUUCCCCAAGCCCCUGGGGAACCACACCGGGCUAUGAUGACUCCAAAGGACCAGAACCAAUCGGACAACUCCACAACGAAGGAUAAUUGGCGGGGCAAGUGGUUUCCCCAAGCUCCUGGAGAACCCCACUUGGUAAAAAAGAAGCCCAUUGAUGGGAAGAAAUCGGAGAAUACUUCGCAGGGCAAACAAAGCAUUUGCGAUGAUGGCAAGAGCAACCUUGCAGUGGAUUUCGAUCCAACCGACAUCCGUGAUAGCCUGAACUACUUGUGCAUCAGCAGCAAUCGCAGCUCGUACCAGCCGGACCCGACCAGGGAGGCCAUUCUCACGGAACACUUCCUGCCCAGCGCCUAUUUGCCACCGGCCAAAUGCCUUAAUGAGCCCAUAAGUUACUCCCACCUGCCUGUCACUAAUGGCCCCUAUCGUCCCAUACCCGCUGAAUAUGGAUCUUACACCUAUUUGCCGCCACAGCGAUACCUUCGCAGCCUGGCCGAAGGUGCCAUUGUGAUGCUCUACCAUCCCUGCGCUUUUUCCGGCCAAGUGAAGCAGCUGCAGGACAUCUUGGGCGGCUGCCUGUAUCGCCAUUUGAUCUCUCCCUCGCAGACUCUGAGUCCGGAGCGUCCCCUGGCCCUGCUGGCCUGGAGUCGCAGCCUGGAGAUGUCCGUCGUGGAUCGGCGACUGGCGGCUGACUUCAUUCAGAAACACGCCAAGCGGGGACCCCUUGCUCCGGAGGAAAUGUCGCGGGUGGUGGACAAAAGGCAGACCUACAAGGAGGGUCUGCUCACGGAAGCCCACUUGGUCACCACGGCGGAUGACUACGAGGUGUGCGGCUACCUGCAGGAGGAAAUGUAGGGACAACAUGUUAACUAUUUGUUUUAAAUAAAACUCGAAUUAUCUAAGAA